UGUUUGUUGCUGGUGAUCUCUUUUAGCUCUUUUUGGCGCCUACGCUGCGUUGCUACCGGGAGUGGCCGGGCCGAGCACGAUGACUUCCGCCCUGGAGACCUACAUCAAUCGAACUGUUGCUGUUAUUACUUCUGAUGGGAGAAUGAUAGUGGGAACACUGAAAGGUUUUGACCAGACCAUUAAUUUGAUUUUGGAUGAAAGCCAUGAACGAGUGUUCAGCUCUUCACAGGGAGUAGAACAAGUGGUACUGGGGUUGUACAUCGUAAGAGGUGACAAUGUUGCAGUCAUUGGAGAAAUUGAUGAAGAAACAGAUUCUGCACUUGAUUUGGGGAAUAUUCGGGCAGAACCUCUGAACUCAGUAGCACACUGAGGAAGAAUUACAUACAUUGCACAUCUGUGAAUUUUUGUACAGAAACUGAUUAUUCUGAGGAUGAUACGUGGAAUUAUUAUGAAUGUGUAAUUGUGCAAUUUUGACUCCAUAUUGAUUCAUUGUAAUAUGAUAAAUAAAAUAUUUUUACAUUUUUUUUGCAUAAACUUUUUUUUUUUUUACUAAACCAUAGGUUUGGUAGCUUGACUUUAUUUUUCUAUUAAAUAGUGUGAAAAAUCUAAUAAUUUUGGGAACUCUUAGAAAAAAAUUCCUGCUAUUUUAAUAUUUAUGGAAAACUAGUUGAAAAGAGAAAUGUGUGUGCUAUAUAUACAGCAUGCAAAUACUGUAUAUAGUGCAGGAUACAUGUGUUUUCAUGAUUUUUAGGAAAGUCAGAAGAUGAUAAAUCUUAACUUCCAUAGUUUUCUGAACCAUUCCCAUUUAUCACACUGUUCUGGGGGUUGUGGGUCAAAUGUAUUUGGUUGAGAAAAGGAAAUGUGCUACAACAAGGUUGUAUAUUACCUGAAAAAAUUGAUUACAUGUAGUAUUAAAAGCCAUCUUAGCUCUUAAUUUUAAGAAUUGUGAACUUACUAGCAUUAAAGGAGUUUUUUGUUUGUUUAUAAAUGUGAGUAAAUAAACC